AUGGGCCAGUGUCCCUGCCUCCAGGUGUUAGGCACAGCCUCACACUAUUGGCCACUGGAUAAGGUGGACGGGAUCCAUGGAUUGUGGGACCAGAUUGGAAACAGACCAGCUCUUCAAAUCCACAAGCACACUGUGCUCCCUUCCUCCCAUAACUCUUCCUCUGUGUAUACCAAUGACUCUGCCUACACUAAUGUUUCUGCAACAGUAGACAUAGUUGAAGGGAUGGUCAACAAGGGGAUCUAUCUGAAUGGAGAUAAUGGAGGCACAUUUCUCCACUUUGGGAACUACCAGAACUCCUGCAUUAGUGACCCCACUCUGUGUGGCCCUGAGGGGAUUACAUUUUCCUUCUUUUGGAAGAACCAGGAGGCAGAGUCCCGUUUUGCAAUAGUCUCUGGAGGGAAAGUCAUCUCCAAUGGCUUCUCUGUCUAUGCCAAUGCCUACAUUGGAUACGUAGAGUUCUACACACGAGGAAACUUCAAGAGGUGGAGGGCUAACAUCAAUAUACUAGGGCCCUUCUGGACCCACAUUCUGUUCACCUGGACCCUGAAGGAUGGUCUCAACAUCUACAUCAAUGGGACAUUCAACACCAGUGACCCCACUGGCAACGUGUCUAUGAACUAUGGAGACCCUUACCCUGACCUGGUCAUUGGGACAGGAAAUGACCAGUCCUAUGGACACCAUUUGACAGGAGCCUUUGAUGAGUUUAUCAUCUGGGAGAGGGCUCUGUCACCAGAGGAGAUCCUUAUGUACUACAAGGCUGCCAUAGUUGUGGACGGAAACACAGAUGUGUCCCAUUCUAUCACCACCAGGCUGAGUGAGGAGAUCCACAGCUCCCAGGACCCUCUGCCCAUGCAAGGCUUCCUGGAGUUUCUGCCAUUCAGCCUGCCCAACAAGACCAUCCCCCAAGACACUGCCAACAACCUCACACAGGCCUUUCUGAAGAGUGUGGGGGAAGUACUGUCUUCUGAAGUGGCUCGAGAGGAUGAGGAGUCCACCCCUGUGGUCAGUGGGCUGAUUGAGACAGUGGACAAAGUGAUGGUCCAGAUGGUGUCCAGCCUGGAGUCCAGCCCCAGCCCUCACUCUCUCAUCUCACUGGGAGGAAAGUCCUUUGUAGCAGAUUACUCUCUAAUGAAGAUCCCACAGAACUACAAUCUUCCACUCUACCGCUUCCCCACGCAAGGAAAGAACUACAUCUCAGUGCCUGGCGAGGCAUUCACCAUGCAGUCCCAAACCACCAUUGUGGGUGUGUUCUACCACAACAUGCACAACUACUACACAGGGAUCAACCCCCUCAGGACCAGGAUCAACGAGGCAGCUGAUUUCAAAGACCAUAAGAUCCAGGUGGCCAGUUUCCUCAUCUCACUGAAGGUGGAGCCAUCGCCUGCCCUGUCCGUCAACCUGUCUGGGUCUCCGCUCAUCAAGAUCGUCCUCACACACAUCCUGAACAGGGAUCAGCAGGGUCAAGCCUUAAACCAGAGCAACAAAGUGUACCUCUACUGUGCCUUCCUCGACUACAGUUCAAAGGAGGGUGUUUGGUCCAAUGAGGGCUGUGUGCGGUCCGAAGGGAACAUAUCCUACUCGGUGUGUCUGUGUAAUCAUCUCACCAACUUCGCCAUCCUCAUGCAGGUGGUGCCCAUGGAGCUUUCCAAGACCCACCAGGUGGCACUAUCAACCAUCAGUUACACUGGCUGUGCCAUCUCCAUCUUUUGUCUGACCAUCACUCUGGUGACGUUUGCAAUCCUGUCGACAGUGAGCACUAUCUGUAACCAACGCUACCACAUCCAUGCCAACCUGUCCUUUGCCAUUCUGGUUGCCCAGAUCUUGAUGCUCAUCAGCUUCCGCUUUGACCCGGGCACGCUGCCCUGUAAGGUGAUGGCUGUGCUGCUCCACUUCUUCUUCCUGAGUGUGUUUGCCUGGAUGCUGGUGGAGGGCCUGCACCUCUACAGCAUGGUCAUCAAGGUUUUCGGCUCCGAGGGCAGCAAGCAUUUCUACUACUACGGGAUUGGCUGGGGGUCUCCACUGGUGAUCUGUGUGGUUUCUAUGACAUCAGCCUUGGACAGCUACGGAGAGGUUGGGAACUGUUGGCUGUCUUUGAAGAUCGGGGCUAUUUGGGCCUUUGUGGCACCAGCACUGUUUGUCAUUUUGGUGAAUAUUGUGAUUCUUAUAUCUGUGACGAGGAUCAUCUCUCGUAUUAGUUCAGAGAAUUACAAGGUUCAUGGAGAUGCCAACGCAGUCAAGCUGACUGCAAAGGCAGUGGCUGUACUCCUUCCUAUUCUGGGCAUCUCCUGGAUCUUUGGGGUACUGGCCAUCAACGAUCACUCACUAAUGUUCCAGUACAUGUUUGCUGUGUUCAACUCAUUACAGGGAUUCUUUAUUUUCCUGUUCCAUUGUCUUCUCAACUCUGAGGUCAGAGCUGCCUUCAAGCACAAAACCAAGGUGUGGUCGCUUACCAGCAGCUCCAUUCGCAAUAUCAAUGUGAAACCCUUCAACUCUGAUGUUAUUAAUGGAAACAGAGGAGGCGUGAGCCCCACAAAGAUAAACACAUGGGACAAAAGCACCUACUCAGCCAAUCGGAUCGACCUGUCCGCUGUGUAA